AUGCAAGGUACCUUUUUAUUUCCUCCGCAGAACUCGUGUGUAGUGGUGCAUUAGCAAAUUAAAGUGCGGCCAAAAUAAAGUGCUAAAUAAAAGUGCUGUGUAAAUAAAAAAAGUGCUACGUAAAUAAAUAAAAAAAGCCAAAAUGUCUGUAGUAAAAACUAGUGAUAAGAAAAGUACGGAUUUAGACGAUGUGCUGAAAAAGUUCAAAAUAUGUAGUCGGUACUACAUAGAGUGUAUGGUGCUGAUUUUUUUAGCGUACAUGAGCAAUAGUAUGUAUAGCUCCAAUUUUGUAUUUGUUGCAGAGGAAGUUGGAUAUAGAUGCAAAGAUGAGAGAUUUGAAAACAACUCGUGCGCAGCGCUACGCAAUUCAAGUGAAGUAUGCACAGAGUGGGUGUACGACAAUCCAUACAGCUUUGUAGCAGAAUUCCAGCUGGCCUGCCAAGAAUGGAAGAGGACCCUGGUGGGGACGGUUCACAGUUUUGGGUACAUGAUCGGACUGCUCCUCGUGGGACCUUUAUCUGACAGGUUGGGAAGAAAAAUGGUGAUAGUGAUGACAGGCGUGCUAGGUGGUGUCUUGGGGGUGGCCAGGAGUUUCACCAGCUACUACUGGGUGUACAUCCUGCUGGAGUUCCUCGAGGCUGCUGUAGGCGACUCCUGCUCGCCAAUGUUCAUGUUAACCAUCGAGAUGGUGCCAAGCGACAAGCGUUUGCUGUUCCAAAUGUUAUGCAGCUACGGCUAUACAUUAGGAUCGCUCACGCUGCCACUCAUGGCCUGGCUGGUUCCUUACUGGAGGAACCUACUACGAGUCAUCUUUACUCCAGCAGUGUUCUUCCUCUUCUACAUCUUCCUUCUCGACGAAAGCCCCAGAUGGCUUCUCAGCAAAGGAAAGAAAGACGAAGCUAUAGCUAUCCUAGAAAAGGCAGCCAAGAAAAACAAAGUAAAACUCGACAGGAAUGCCCUUGACAACCUUUCGUAUGAAGAAAACAAAGGAGUAAACUUCAUACAAUUGUUAAAGGAUACGUUUACUUCGCCAGCGUUAUUGAAGAGGUUCUUCAUAUGCCUCAGUUGGUGGACAACAUCGACUUUUGUCAACUACGGGAUGACGAUAAACUCCGUGUCUCUCCAAGGAAACAAAUACAUCAACUUCGCACUCAUAACUGUUGUAGAUAUUCCCGGAAAUUUAAUAAUCACAUAUCUUCUGAUUCGUUUCAAAAGAAAGGUUCCUUUGAUCUUCAGCUUUGUUUUUGCAGCUAUAUUGUGCUUGAGUCAGCCUUUUGUGCCUUCAAAUCUCCCAUGGCUUUCAAUCCUACUCUUCAUGAUAGGAAAAUUGAUGUCAUCGUCGUACUUCGCUAUAACAUACAUAUUCACUUCAGAACUGUUCCCUACGUACACGAGGAACUCUAUGCACGCGCUAUGUUCGUCUUUGGGGCGGGUCGGAUCCAUCAUAGCACCGCAAACUCCAUUACUGAUGGCAUAUUGGCACGGGCUCCCGUCUCUGGUGUUCGGGCUGGCAUCCCUGCUGGCGGGGAUGGCGACACUAUUCGCCCCCGACACAGCCGAUGACGCACUCCCCGACAACGUCACACAGGCUGAGGCACUGGGGAAACACAAUUCAUGCAAGAAAGAAAUAUCCUCCCCUACACUAAGCAAGAGAAAAGAGCAUGUCAUUACGAACGAAAAGAAUAAUUCACGGUUAUGAAUAAAUAAUAAGACAUUUUUAA